CCUGCGCUGUCCGGGAAGGUGGGAGGAGGGCAGAGCGACAAAUCGGCCUCCCCAUCCUUUAAUUGCUCCAGUGAGAAACAGAGGCUUGGGCUCUUCCCCCCUGACGGCCCCCCACAGCCCCUCGUGCUGCUCAGCAGAGCCCGUGGUGCUGCCCUCGCUCCCUUGCACCCUCUCCUGCUGAAAGGAUCCCAUACACUGUCCCUAGGGAUGUUCAUGGAAAGACUGGAGGUGGCACUCAGUGCCGUGCUCUACUUGACACGGUGGUGUUCGGUCAUAGGCUGGAGUCGAUCUCAGAGGUCUUUUCUAACCUAAUUGAUUCUGUGAUCAUCAGUAGCAGCAGAGAAACAUUCCAAAAGGCCUUUGUGAAAUGACAUUUUGAAGGGGUCUCUUUAACUUGAUUUAGAAAUCCUUCCAUUUGAACAAACAUUUAGCUUUUUCUAGAUAAAACCUAAUUACUUUUCCAUGCACAUGUACUAAUGGAUGGUGAAGGCAAGAUAUGAAAGUGUCUUACUUGUGCUUGGAUGUAGCUGCAUAUCCAGUUAUAUGGAGUAAAUCAACCUGUACCUGAUGUGGAGGCUCCUUCCACACCUUACCUCCCCCUGCUGCAGCCUCGUAGGGCAUCAGGAGCAUUUCUGGGCUCAGUCCCAGAGGGAAGAACAGAACCUGCUAUCCACACAAAAACUGCCAGGGCCAGUGGCUUAUGGGAUGAGGGAAGGUGAGGCAGCAUUUGCAUUCCUGGUGAGUUGCCUGCUCUAGAAAUUCAGAGUAAAAGGAAGAGUAUGCUUGGCACAGGGCAGAACCAUCACCUUGCUGCAGCCUUUGGAGUUGGAGCUUCUCUGUGGCUGUUUCCUUCCUCCAUUCUUUCAAAAGGGAAACCAGAGUACCUUCAAAUAACAGGUGACAGUAACAGCAAGGAAGGACACCCUUCCAUUUGUACUGAAUACUGAAUAUAAGGUUACUAAUCUCAGGUGUCUGAUAUAAACAAGUUUAAAUGCCACUGAUCUGUUCAAUUGUCGUGGAGACUGUUCUCCUGCUUUGAAUUCUGAAUUAUCAGGACCCUUGGAUUCCACAGCAGCUUAGCCAGAUGUUCUGUAAAGUAAUUGACCAUUAUUAUGUAUGGAGCUGUGGCUCAGCUUGCUGUUUCUAUGCAGUGUGAAGUUGUCUCUUGCUUUUUUGUUUUGCGAGGUCUCAGCUCCAUCAGGUGACAGCUCAAAGAUAAUUUGUCAUCUUCCCUUAGAAGGUGGCUGAGGUGAAGGGAGGUAGCUUUGCUGCUAGAACAUGCUGGAUGCAUUUACCAGGAUCCAGCUCCCUCUUGUGGGAGCUGUGCAGCCAGAACUCCACAGGAGUGUGGGGAGAUGGAUACAGCAUCCACAGGGAGAGAUCUGGUUCUGUGCCCUGGUUUUCUCUGCAGUCACUCUUGUGUUGAUUCUGGUGCUUGCUGUAGGUUUUAUACUCUCAAACAGAAUAGCUUCCCCUCCCUUCAGUUACUGGCAAGUCACGCUUGUGCAUUAAGCAUGGUUCUAGGCCAGGCAGGCUUGUUCUCUUCAGCUGGGCUCAUCUCAAACUGUGCAGUGUCAUGGUCAGAAAUAACCCUCUGUUAGAAAAAAUGCAACAAGUUAACUAAGGCCCAGGUCACCAAAGGAUUCCUCAGCUGUUCACUGCACAGGGCCUUUAGCUGUUGAGAAAGACUCCUUUGUGUUACAUUUUGUGACAAAAGUACACCUUGCUUUACUUAUCUUAAGCUUAGUGUCUACUUCAACUAUUGGCUGAAAUAAACCAGCCAUGCUCUCAUGGGGCACAACAGAUAAAAGAGUACUGGCUUAUUUAAAAGCAGUGGUUUUCUUUCAGUAAGAAGUGUAGGCCUUUUGACAGUCCAGUCUGGUAUCUCAAAAUGAAGCAUUUUCCAUGGGAGUGGCUUUAGGUCAGAAUGCCAUUUUUGUUCAGUUUGGUACAGCAGGUGUCAAACAAGAUAGGCAGAGGAGGUUGUCGGAUUUGCUUAGAGCACGAAGGAGUGGCUUCUUAAAAUUACAGUGGAAUAAUUAUAUUCUUUUUUUUUUUUUUGCAGAAUUUGUGUCAUCACCUUGGCAGAAGCCCACCCUCUUCUUCAAAGUGGGAAAACAAUUAAAAACAUUAAUUACCAAAUCAGUGCAAACUGUAGCAGACUUCAGAAUAAGGUCUCUGGGAAGUCAAAAAGGGAUAUCUUCAUCAGAUGGAGAGGAAUACACUAUUUACAGUUGCAUACGAGGGCGGCUAAUUGAGGUGAAUGAGAACAUCCUUAGCAAUCCCGCUCUUCUGCAAGAAAAGCCAUCAACUGAGGGGUACAUUGCAGUGGUUCUACCCAAAUUUGAAGAAAGCAAGAGUAUAACUCAGGGACUUCUGACGCCGAAGGAGUAUGAGGAAGUUUUGAUGAAACGCCGCAGUUCUGCUUUGUGAAAUCAACUCUACACUUCCCAUCUGUGUUUGAUACUAAAUAAGUGACUUUUAUUGUACACUGUGAGUUUUAUAGUAUGGAAAAGGCCCAGUGCCAGUUUUUAAAAGGAACUAAACUCCUUGAUUUGUAAAAGAAUAAACCAGUUAAAAUAGUUUGUAUAUUAAAAUUUCUGUAAAAACUUGA